AUGCAUCCGUCACACAGUGAAGUUGAAGACAUUCUCGCAGCGGUCGAGCAGUUUCUAGAUUACUAUCAGUUCCGUAAGACCCUGACAAGUUUCAGAGAUGAAUCGGAGCCCUUUCGCAGCGUUAGGAUUCAAGAUUGGCGGCCAGUGGAAAAUUUCUCCAAAAAGCUUGUGGUUCUUAAGCUUUUCAGAAGCGGCGAAUGUGAACAGUUUUUCGAGUCACUUUCGCAGCUUUUGCCUGACCAUGUGACACACGAUAGCGAAUUCCAACGCUUAGAAUUCGAAUUGAAUCUUUACUUUGCCACUUACUCCUGGAAUACCAAAAAUGCGGAAGAACACCAGAAAGCAAUGAAAUCGUUUCGCCAGUACUUGGAAACGAAAGGAUCUCAGUUAAGUCAAAGCACCGACCUUUUACCAUAUUACGCUCUCCCCUACGUCCCAAAUCCACGGGAGCACCCGACGUACCAACGUCUAUUUACAGAUUCUUGGAAGUCCUCUAUACAACAGAAAUUAUCCUCCUUGCUGGACACUGUUCUUACUGGGGGCAAUAUCGCAGUUCCGCGUUUAGUCAAGGCCCUAACGGACCACAAUGUAAAACGGGAUGCAACUCUUCGCCAGUUGACGAAUGAACUUUCGGAUGCCGAAAAGCGGGCCUCACAGGCGCAGCGGCGUUUUGUGCGACUUCAGUGGGACUAUCAAACGCUCAUUGGCGUGACAGCAGACCUACUGGAUGCACUAGAAAGCAGUUUGAAGGGUAUCAAACUGGACGACGGGGUUGUGCAAAAAAUUUACGCUCGUUUGGUUGGCGCUCAGCCUGGUGGGUUUAAGCCAUCAGGAGCCACCUUAGAGUGUGCCACAACCACGGGCCUUUCAUUAAAACAUCACUCAAAAAUUGGCGCACCUCCUGAAUUGACCUCGGGCACGGCGGAGCGGAUUAGUACCAGAAAUGAUGCACUGGGGCCCCCAUUGUGUGAACUGGACUACAGCAAGAUCAAAAGCAAUAUCCAGCUGAUCGAUGAUCGUAGAAAAUGUUACCUACUCCAAGCACUGCGCUGGAGGCUUACCAAAUCUACUGUGCAACAACGUGAACAAUGUCUGACCUCUUUUGUUCGUCGAGACCUGUUGGAUUUAACAACUUUGGGACCUCAGACCGAAGUUACAUCGUCAAAAGCUCCACUUCUUGCGUGCCUUCAAUCGAAACAUCAUCGAGUGCGAGAGUACAUGGCGCGCUUCAUCAACGCUUUGGCCUCUCUAUGUCGAGGCAGAGCAUACUUGGCUCAGAAUGCAGCAGUGGUGAAGAUUCUCAUCGUUGAAGUUUUAAAGGAGCACGAUGAGUCGGUAACGCGUGAAAAUUUCAUCGGUGCUCUCCAGAAGAUGAGUCUGAGACGUCCAAUGCAAAGCAUCAUGAUAACCAUGUCAGUCAUUCCGUGGAUUGUUGGUCUGCUGGAGAAUGCGGAUAAUCUCUCAGAUUACACCCUGGAGUACGCCGUGGCUUUGUGCAUGAAUUUAUGCUUGCGGACAGCCGGCAAAAAGAACUGUAUACCAAUUAGCGCACGUGUCCUCAAAGCUCUCAUCAAUAUGCUGGACAGUGACAACAUGGAUAUCGUACCUUACGUGAAUGGCGCUCUGUACUCCAUUCUGGCAGUCCCAGAAAUUCGCACAGUUGCAAUCACAAUGGGGUUGCAAUCUGUGUUGGAUAGUCAUAUCAAACCCAAUCAGCCAGAAAUGAAUAAACAAUUUGAGUUUAUCAUCCAAAGGCUUCGCUCUAACGAGUCCAGUCAACUGGAUGAGUCGGACGACGAGUUGGAUGAUGAAGAUGACGAGGAAGACGCCUCUACUCUGGAAUCCGAUUUAGACAGACAGGACAUGCCUCCUCCGGAAGCCGCAGAUUUAGCACUCGUGGAUGGUCUGGAUGCCUCACUCAAAGAUCCGAAAUUGUGGGUCGGUGAAGGUCUGCUCAGGCAAACUUAUGCUGCGAAACCGACACUUCGCGGAGAAGCGAACGGGAGCGUGGAUUGGUGUGCACCAUUUUUAGCACGAGAUAAUGAAGCUCGAAUGUCUUCAGCCAGCUUCAAAUUUAACGGAGUUCUGCAAAGACCAACUACUCCUGGUCAAUUGUCGGCACAAACAUCUUUGUCACUAAGUCGACCAUGCUCGGCACAUAGAAGAAACGUCGAGCGUCAAUCAUCGGUGAAUGAGGAAUCAACAUUACCUUUGUACCUACGGGACAGUCUGGCCACAUUGUCCCAAGGCUUCAGUGAAGCUGACCGUACCCCAAGAGCUUCGCUGAACUUCGAACAAUGUAUGAUGGACAAUGCCACCGGGGGUCAAGCUCCAAAAUCGCCUGCAGCCUCUAAGUCGAAAUUCAUACCAACUACAUCCUCUUCGGUCGGCAAACGCUCCGCAUUCGAAAGUCGUCCGAAAAUACCCCGGACUCCAGAAGCAACAUCGCCUACACAUCAUCGCUACUCCGACUAUGACAAAUAUCAAACGCCUGACUCCACUGUUACCAGCACUUCACCCAAGGUGAAUGAGUCGCAAGAGAGCACAGUAAAUUGCAACGAUCAUGCACUGGAAAGUCAAUUGGAGUCAAGAAGUUCAAAGAGAUCGGACAACAGGUGACUCUCAUCUUGUCAUCGGAAACUUGUUGUAAUUGCCUGGGAUAUCUGGAGACAACCCUACAGUUUUUCUACACGUUUAUUGUCCAGUCACCGCCUUCUUAUGCUUACCCUUGUAAAGUGCACAUCCGGUGUGCUAACUGCGAUAAUCACGUACAUUUCUACACACCAUAUACCUGCCAUUCGAUUCUUCGGUAAUCUUAACUGUUCCUAAGCGUGACUGUCUCUCGAAAUGCAAAUCUUUGAAUCAACAA